UCUUCUUCCUUCCUUCUUUCUUCAACUAAAAAGUAAGUUUUAGCAUUUCGAGGCCAAAUUACAAAAACCUCCCAGUCCUCUGAAACUCGAAUUCUUCUCUCCCACACACACUAGAGAGAGAGAGAGAGAGAGAGAGAGCUUCAUCUGUGUGUGUGAUUUUGGUGAAAUAGGUUGGGGUUUAUUGUUUUGGAUUGAACUAAGAUUAAAGGAGGAGGAGGAGGAGAUGACGGAGGUGAUAUUGCAUGUGUAUGAUGUGACUAAUAGUGGAUCGGAGAAGACGAACAACACAAUUUUGAACAUCAACAAGAUCUUCAAAGACGCUAUUGGUCUCGGUGGCAUCUUCCACAGCGCCGUUCAGAUACAUGGAGAUGAUGAAUGGUCUUUUGGGUUUUGUGAGCAAGGAACUGGAGUUUUUAGUUGCCCUUCUAGUAAGAAUCCGAUGUAUACAUAUCGUGAGAAAAUUGUACUAGGAAAAACCAGUUGUUCAAUCUUUAAGGUGAAUCAGAUCUUGCGGGAACUUAGUAGAGAAUGGCCUGGAGAUGCCUAUGACUUGUUGGCCAAGAACUGUAAUCACUUCUGUGAUGAAUUUUGCGAAAGGCUUGGUGUGCCAAAACUUCCAGGUUGGGUCAAUCGUUUUGCCAAUGCUGGCGAUGCUGCUAUGGAAGUAGCAGGAAAUACAGCCUUCCGGUUUAGACAAGCCAAGACUGAGAUAGUAUCUGCCAGCAAAGUUGCUUAUCGUUUCCUUGUGGGUGUUACUUCCAAUAACGGGUCUGGUCUUGAGUCCCCUGAAAACUCGAACAGAGGUGUCCCAAGAUUUCAAGGAACCUGGUUUAAAAAUCUCAUAGCAAACGGUGCCAAACCAUCCAGUAGCACAGAAGUUGAUAAUCAGGACGAAAACAUGCUGCUUCAGCAACAACGCAUUAAGCAAGGGGCCGAUCAACUAUCUCGGCAGAACUCACAACAAGAAUCAGAUCCACUGCAUCAGGAUUCUAGGCAUGAUGAAGCAUUACCAGCAUCUAGCCCAUAUUAGAUUCUUUCAUUGUGUAUGAUUGUAAAAUUGUUCAUCGCUUUUCCAGCUGAAUUGUUUUUCCAAUGGUGCCUAAAAGGAACCUAGGCACGAUGAAAAGGUUAUCAAUAUGAAGUGUUUUUUCUCUUA